CGCAAGAAACCAACACUGAAUGUGCUAACACUGGCAAAAAAAUCAGAGUCACUUUUUGCCUUGUGUCAUGCACACCAGGUUACUUUUCUAGUAAAACCACGAAUCAAGCAACUGAUCCAAUUUAAAUGCAUCACUGAACGAUUUCAAACAGAGCACCAGAUUCUCCAGACUCGGGUUCCUUCCCUCCAUCAGAUGUCGUUCUGCUUGGCUGAGCUACACUUGUGGUCCUCCAGGAGCACCUUGCACGUCAAAGAUACAGAUAUUGGCACAUACCAGUUCUAUGACAAAGGCGAGCCAGGUGAGUCUGCCCUGACGGCUCAUCAUUACUUCAGUGAGAAGCAGCAGUUUUUGGAGAGUCGCGGUUACCCAUGGGCCCUCAAGAACCGGCGUCCGGAGAAGCUCCGUGACUCGCUGAAGGAGCUUGAGGACUUACUGCAGACCGUGCCCUGUGUCUGCGUCAGAUGGAGGACCAAGCAGUGCUGCCAGCUGUUGCUGAGCUCCGGGGAGCUGGUGACCCUCUCUGUGGUCGGAGCCCAGUUGGAGCGAGUUUUCAUAGACAGAGCCCUGCUGGGCCGUCUGCCCGCCGACACCAUCAGCCACGCUGUCAUCACAGACAAGCUUCUGCUCCUCACCUUCGUGGAGAAGAGCCAGGUGUGUCUGGUCCACAUGGCCAGGAAGAGCCAAGGCUCCCCUGAGCCCAGUCGACGCGUGGAGAAGCUCUCUCCCUCUGAGCUUAAGAUCUCCAGCGUGGCGUUGCCCGGCGGAGCGGGACGGCGCCCGGGCCGGCGCGUGGGGCUGAACCGCUCGCAGGACGUGGCCGUGUGCUGGUGGCCGGCGCCGCGUAACGAGGAGGCCCGGCCUUGGUCUCCGCUCCCCAGCGAGGCCGAGCGGGCCAACCUGGUUCUGCUGAGCUGCUCCGACCCCCCGGGCCUCAAGGUGCUGAGCUGUGUGCGUACCCAGGGUGACCCGCUGGACUGCACCUUCAGUCUGACUCAGCCAUACCAGCUGCUGACCGUCGAGGUGCCCGCAGCCGCGCCCGUAGAACCCGACGCCACCGUCACGGCACUGAGCUCCACCUACGAGAGCGCCCGCGGCCGCCUGCAGUGCCUGUCCGUCGAGCGCCUCCCCCUCCCCUGUCGGCCAAUCAGCUGCUCACGUGACCCCUCUGAAACCCGCCUCCUGCUGGGCCUGAGCGACUCCUCGCUGGUGCUGCACGACUGGGACCGCGGGCUCUCGCUACGGGCCCAGUGCCCCAUGCUGCCCAGCCUGUGUGCCUGGCACCCUGCGGGGGCCCUGCUGGUGGUAGGGGGUGACCAGGGCGAGCUCCAGUGCUUCGACCUGGGCCUGGCGCCUCUGCCCCUGCGGCUGUUGGCCGAGGAGCUGCCCCAGCCUCCGGGCCCCACCCUCCAGCUGUGCCGGCACCUGAGGGCCCCCGGGGGCCUGGCGGCGCUGCAGUGGGCUGCAUCACAGUGGGGGGGUCAGGUGGCGGGAGAGGGGGGGCUGGAGGUCCACGACCUGCUGCUGCUCAGCUUCCACGGAGGGCCUGUGGCUGCACUGAGGCUCAAGCUGGGGGCUCUGACGGGGGGGCAGCUGGGGCCGGCGGAGCUGGUGCACCAGAGGGUGCGGCACGGGCAGGUGGGCGAGGCGCUGGGCAUCCUGGCGGCGCUGGACUGGAGCGUGACGGGCGGCGAGUGCUACCGCGCCCUGAGCGCCGUCGCCGAGCACCUGCUGAGGCUGCCGCUGAACGCCGAGCGCGAGGCCCAAUUGGAGGCAGCCCUGGGUGUGUUCUACGCUCCGUCCCGGCCCAUCUCUGACACGGUGGUUCUGGAGUUCCGGGAACCCAUCAGCAGAUACGCACGCCGCUUCUUCCAUCACCUGCUCAGGCACCAGAGAUUUGAAAAGGCCUUCCUCCUGGCCGUGGACAUCGGGGCGAAAGACCUUUUUAUGGACAUCCAUUAUGUAGCACACGAUAAGGGGGAAUUGGUGCUGGCAGACGUGGCGAAGAAGAAGGCUAAUGAAAUCGAUGCGGAGUCGCUAACAUCUGGCUGGGAGGGCCAGCGGUCCGUGUUUGGCGACAGGAACACAGUGUCCCCCGCUGCACUGGAGACGGCCGGACAGACGGGCAGACAGCAGGACCGUGGGACAGAGCGGAAGCUGAGCAUCGAGGGGAGGGGUCACGGCCUGACACGGCGAGUGUCACAAGACAAACCACCGUCAUCAGGGACUGGCGGGUGGUCCAAGGUGAACAAGGAACUGGAGGAAGUGUUUGCAGGUGAUCAGACCUGGCCAUGGACACAAACAGAAAUUAAUCUUGUUGACCGAAAUGAUCAGGGUGCUGAGGACACGGGAACACUCAAGGUUAUUCACUUUGGAUUAGUAUGAGAGCAAACUUCAGCUCUUUAUGUUUUUUAAACAUACUGCUGUGAUACUUAUAGAAGUAAAUAUGUUGCUGAAUUCAAGGCAUUAUAUUUGCAAAUGGAGACGUGGCAGAAGAAGGCAUGCCUAAUUGGAUCAUUUACCGCAAACACUGUUUAUAAAACCAUGGAAACUGACUGUGUGUGGACUGUAAGGGGAAAUGAUUAUGCUUACUGUGUGGUGAACUCUGCCACAUUUAAACCUGUGUAAAACAAUAAAUGUAUAUUUUGCUAUAUCCUGUACCAAUACAUGUCUGUGAUUCUUGUGUUGCCAUUAAACACACGUUGAUUUUUC